CAUGACGUCACCGCGGGCGUCAAUGACGUCAAGGGGCCUCCAGUGUCCUGGAGACGAUGGCGCCGCCGCCGUUGUCGCCACCACCACCACCGCCGCCGUCGUCGCGCGAGGCGAGGAAGGCGGAGGCCGCGGCUCAGCGGAGGCGACGCGAGGAGCGCGCCGAGAACGAGAAGCGGCUGCGGACCGUAGUGACGAGGUGCCCCUCGUCGUGGUCCCCUGCUGAGCACGCUGCUCUCUCCGCAUGCCCCGAGCUCUGGCAGCGAUUGAGGAGACGCGAGGAGCGCACCCGAGCCGUGCGGGGCCGCUCCGACGAGAGACACGAGUCUGCCGAGGAACUGCAGCGCAAGGUGUUUCUCCUGGCGGAGGCCGUGCGUGGGGCCCGCUGCCUCAUCGCCUACACGGGAGCCGGCAUCAGCACGGCCGCCGCCAUCCCGGACUAUCGGGGCCCGCGUGGGGUGUGGACGCUCCUGAAGAGGGGACAGAGCGUUGGGAUGGUGGAGCUGAGCGACGCUGAGCCCACGCUCACACACAUGUGUCUCGCACAGCUGCAUCGCGAGGGGCUGGUGCAGCACGUGGUGUCGCAGAACUGUGACGGGCUGCAUGUGCGAAGCGGCCUCGCCCCCAACGCACUCAGCGAGCUGCACGGCAACAUGUACAUGGAGGCGUGCUCGAUGUGCGGGCGCCAAGUCGUGCGGCUCUUCGACGUCACCGAGCGCACGGGGGUGCGGCGGCACGAGACGGGGCGCGCGUGCGAAGGGCCGGCCGGCUGCGGAGGGCCCCUGCGCGACACCAUCGUGCACUUCGGGGAGCGCGGGACGCUGGAGCGCCCCCUCAACUGGGCGGGCGCGGCGGGGGCCGCGCGGAAGGCAGACGCCAUCCUGUGCCUGGGCAGCAGCCUGAAGGUGCUGAGGAGGUACCCGUGCCUGUGGGGGAUGGAGCGGCCCCCUGCUCAGCGACCCAAGCUCUACAUCGUCAACCUGCAGUGGACGCCCAAGGACGCGGCGGCGGAGCUGAAGAUCCACGCGGCCUGCGACGAAGUUCUGCGCCUCCUCAUGCAGCAGCUGGGCCUGGGCAUCCCGGCCUACAGCAGGGAUACCGACCCCAUCUUCCUCAUGGCCACUCCGCUGAGCCCCGGGGAAGAGGGCAGCCACUCUCGCCGACCCAUCGCCCCGGCCGCCACGUUGGCAGCGGUGGGGCCGGAGCCGCUCUGUGUCAUCGCGCAGCGAUCCGCGGGGGCCUUCGCGGCAGGAGAGGAGGCCGCUCGCCCGAAGGGCGAGAGGACGGGACUGGCGGCGGCCCCUGUGGAGGAGUGCGAGCUUCCGUACGGCACUGGGGAGGAUGUGGCGAGGGCUGGAGGGGGAGGAAAGGUGGCAGUGGCGGGGAGCCUGGCGGCGCCGGGUUGGUUCGGAAAAGGCCUCGCGAAAUCGCGGCGCGUGAAGCGGCGCAAGCGGUGAGCGGUUUCGGAGAGGGACGAAGCUCCGCCGAGCCACAUUGAGUCGUCAGGACCCGUUCGCAGAAGGUUCAUGUACUGGGCUGUUUGGCGAUGCCUAAGUGGCACGUGGAGAGGAAACCAGAUUUUCCGGAGCAAACUCGCACACAUAUACGAGGGAGGAGCGCUCACAGCUCCGUUCAGAUAAGAUCCAGGAAUCCGGUGCUAUACAGCUGUCUUCUAGCCCACCUCAAGACCAAACCUACAGGCCCUGAUAUUUCCUGGCACCUUCCCUUGAGAGUACUAACCGGGCUCAACCCUCGUUAGAGAUUUGGGCAGAUUUGGUCUGUGCUGGGCUGAGUUUAUGGGACUGGUAGGAGCUUUGCAGUUCAAGCCCCUGGGCUGUCCUGGUUAAUACUGUGAUGGUGCAUUAACCGUAAACUUUGCACCAUCUUUUUGACAAUGGACAUGAGGGAUUCGUGACAUCGUUCGACAAACAGCAGGCCGUCGUGUGUCGGCAUCACGCUCCAAAUUUGCCAGAUUAAAAAAAAGUAACAAAUUGGGAAAACCGAUAAUAACAUCGCCUCCUGAUAAUAGACUUAAAGUCCACUUGCAGGAUAGUGCUGCGUUCGCCUAAUACCGCACAGGGACGGCAGCCAUCGGAGGGUCCCCCAGGCUACAACUAUGGCCGAGCAUCGGAAUGGUCGAGAUGAAGAUGUGCGAUACGAGGCGUUUUGAGUUGGCGAGGCAUUCAUGCGAGCGCUACUGCACUCGCCACAGUCCCUCCCAUCGCCGUUACCGGACACCAAUGCCAGUGCAGUAGCCGUGCAGCGAGGUAUAUGCAACAACUGCCUUUAUUAGGAGUGUCACAGGAGCCACGGUCCCGGCCAAUGCAUCAUGGCGCAUAUUGCUACAAGUCACGAUCACUCUGCAGGUGCUUUAGUUGUGGGUGCGCAGUAAUCAACAACGAUUUCACAGUCUUCUAAUCGGCUACAUUUCAUUUUGCGAGUAAACAUUCGUGAGAGAAAUUUAUAGUUAUAUUUACGGACCGCGGGCCUGCCGCGCAACUGAGUCUAGUACGGGGUCUCGCUGGGGACCGGGGUCCCGGGUAGCGGUGUGUCCCCUUCCCCGUGCUGGACCCCCGCCCGCCCCACGACGUCCCUCGCGGGCCCCGUCCCCAAGCGGGCCCCCUGCGGCGGACCCCCCUCGUCGCCGUGGCGCUGGUACGCCAGGUUAAUCACACCGCCCAGGCAGGAGGUGCGACCGCGUGCCACGCGGUGCCGCCCGGCCUCGCCGCCCUUGGAAGUGGCCUUCACCUGCUUGGCCAGGAAGGCCCGGUCACGGCCCACCUACACGGGGUACGGUUUGGGGAGGGCAUGGGAGACGCACGGGGGUCACGCAGGGACCAUGGACAGGGACCAGACACGGGGAACAGAGGCAAGCGUGUGAGUGGGUUGGGUGAGUGCAUGUGAGUGAGUGCGUGUGUAAGCCUCCGAGUGAGUGUGCGGGUGAGCAGCCAGGCAGGGAGUUGGUGUGGAGGCUCACCAUGGCCAGCUCGUCUCUUAGUUGAUUGAUGACGCGCGCGUGCGCAUUGUUAAGCGUGGUCAUGUAGAACAGGAAGAGGCUGUCAAGUCAUCACACACACACACAAGCAUGCGAUAUCAACACAAGCAAAGACAGGCCCCCUAUAGCCUUGAACAGGCAGUCCGGGUGAGUGCCGUUAGGGAGCAUCUAUUUAAGACUGACACGGCACAAGGGGUGGGUGGCCCGAACCAUGCCUCGUCGCCUUUGUCUCCCAAGUGGUGAUGUUUACAGGCUAAGUCGACCUAAUGGAGGCCUAGAACUUGGUCAUAUAUAUGUGUCACUGAUGUUUGUCGUUAUCGGAAAUAAAAUUUGGGUUGCACAUAA